AUGGAAGUAGAGAUCACAUUCGAUGGGUGGUUGGGCGAGGACACUUUCAACCGCGCUAAGUUGUUGAACGUUGGAUAUACGGAGGCUUUGAAGGAUGCAGAAUAUGACUGCUUCAUCUUCAGUGACGUUGACCUGAUCCCGAUGGACGACCGCAACCUCUACCACUGCUACGACCAGCCGAGACAUUUUGCCAUCGCCAUGGACAAGUUUGGCUUCAGGCUGCCCUACGCAGGUUACUUUGGAGGUGUUUCGGGUCUCAGUAAAAAACAGUUUCUGAAGAUCAACGGCUUCCCGAACGAGUACUGGGGCUGGGGAGGAGAAGACGACGACAUUUACAACAGGAUCACUCUGAAUGGGAUGAAGGUGUCUAGGCCAGACGUUCGCAUCGGCCGCUACAGAAUGAUUAAGCACGAGAGAGACAAACACAACGAGCCCAACCCACAGAGGUACUGCAUCAUUGUCUGA